AUGGGAUUCGUGCUGAUAUUGUUAACAUCGCUGCUCAGUGGCGUGCUUGGAUACCUGCGAUGCAAAUACAACUACUGGCAGAUAAAUGGGGUGAAACAGCUGCGGGCCCACUUCCUCUUCGGGCAUUUCUUCAAGAUGAAGUCCGUGCGCUUAACGGAACUCCUACAGGAGACAUACGAUGCCUUUAAGGGUAGUGCUCUGGUGGCAGGAACAUACGUAUAUCUACGACCCAUAGCCGUCAUCUUGGACUUGGACCUAGCCAAAAUGAUACUGAUUGAGGACUUUGACAAGUUUGUGGACCGCCGAAACUUUCACAAGGAGCCCUUGAUGGACAAUCUCUUCAAUGCUCAGUGCGAGGAGUGGUGUACGCUGAGAAAAAAGCUGACGCCAAUGUUCUCGAGCGGAAAUUUGAAAUGUAUAUUCGGAACGAUCACAGAAGUUGCACGGAAUCUAGAGGAGAGCUUUCAGGAGUUGGUUGGCACCCAAGGAGGUGUUCUCGAUGUGCAUGAUCUGUUGGAUCGCUUCAGCAUGGAUGCCUCUGCCACAUGUGCCUUUGGUAUCCAUUUCAAUAGCCUCAAGGAUCCGCAGGUGGAGUUUCGAGUGAACGGACGUAAGAUCUUUCACCACAGCGAUGACGGUAUUCGUUGGCGCAUCUUUAAAUUCUUGUAUUGGAGCGUCUUGGCAAAACUAAAGCUCUCCGUGCGGUUCUAUGACAAAAUCAUCGCAGACUUUUUUACACGCAUCGUCAGGGAGAAGCUGGAGUUAAGGCAAGAGUUAAGGCACAAUAUCAAGAGAAAUGACUUCUUGGAGCUUUUAAUGGCAUCGAAAGAUGACAAUGACUUGACUCUGGAGCAGCUAACACCCCAUGCCUUUGACUUCUUUGUGUCUGGCUAUGAGACCAGCUCCAGCACCAUGUCUUGUGCUCUCUUUGAGCUCGCCAAGCAUCCAUCGGUGCAGCAGAAACUGAGAAAUGAGAUCACUGGGAUUCUGCACAAGCACGCGCCAAAUCUGACCUAUGAAGCCGUGCAGGAGAUGCGCUACUUGGACCAGACAAUCACAGAAACACUGCGCAAGUACCCGGCCCUGGCCUCCCUGACACGAAUCGCCGCCGAGGACUAUACGGUUCCCACCGCCUCUGGAGACAUUCCCUUGGUUCUAGAUAAGGGCACCAUCGUUUAUAUACCCGUCCGUGCCAUACACUACGAUUCAGAGAUCUAUCCCGAACCGACAAUAUUCCGGCCGGAACGGUUUGAGACCUCCACCUGCCUUCAGCGCCAUUCCAUGGCUUUUCUUGGCUUUGGCGAUGGGCCACGCCAUUGCAUAGGUCAGCAAUUCGGCCGAAUGCAGAUUAAAAUUGGACUCAUCGCGUUGCUAACGAAAUAUCAGUUCAGUUCUGUGCCUGGAUUCCCAGACGAGCUGCCGAUAAGCAAAGGGAAUGUGAUACUCAGACCUAGGCAAGGGGUUCUAUUGAAAGUGCAUCGAGUGCCGGAAUAAACAAAAGGCCAGCCAAGCGGUGCGAUAACACCUGCGCAACAUUCGACUCCACUGAAAGGGGAUCUUGUGAAUGUCCGAUCAGAAAAACAAGGGUCUUCGGUUGCAAACGAAUGCUCGCCCGAUCUGCUCGAAAUAAUCAGAAAAGUGUUUCUAUUAAUCUAAACAAGAGAAUGCUUUGAAUAAACAAACUGCCCUGCCA